UUUCAUCUCACAGUCUCUCAUCGGCUUAUUCAUGGCAGAAGCUAUCGGCGGCGAACUUGUGAAGGAGCUGGCGAAGCAGCUCUUUGCGGUAUCCAAGAAACCCUACAUGUGCAGAGGCAUAGCUAAGAAACUCGCCACCAUGAUCGAUGAAGUUCAACCCACGAUACAGGAGAUCAUGGAUAGCGGCGUCGAUCUGAGCCACCAUCGCCAGGCUCAACUGCGUAUGUUAUUCGACAACCUAGAGAAGUGCAGGAUGCUUACCGAAAAGGUUCUGAGAUGUAAACGCUGGAACGUGGUUCGACAGAUUAAGGACGUUAAGAAAAUGGAGGAUCUCGACAAAAAAAUCUCUAGUUUUCUUAGAGGAACACUGUUGAUCCACGUUCUCUGUGACGUUCAUCAUCUCCGGGGGGCUGUUGAUCGACUGAACGAGAGCGUCGAUAGGCCUGUGCAGGUGACACAUGUACUCGAUGACUGCGUUCGUCAUCUCCGGCAUACUUCUCAAGUGAGAUUAAUUGAUCGGAUUGAUAGGAGUGUAGAUUGCGGUUUAGGAUUGGAUUUGGGCAAGGGGAAGGUGAAGGAGAUGUUGUUUAAUUUGAAGGAUGAGGAAAGACUUAUUGGGAUCUCAGGGAUGAGUGGUUCAGGGAAAACCACUCUUGCCAAAGAGCUUGCGCGGGACGAAGAAGUUCGAGUUCCCAUCUCUGCUCCUCCAUCCGAAUCCUUCCCGAGAGCCUCUUCCACUCUCUGCAUUAUAUCAGCUCAUGAGGCUGGUGUUGGUGCCACUAUUCCGGAAUCGAUUGGUCAAACACAGAAGCUACUGAUUCUUGAUGAUGUUUGGACAAAGGAAUCUCUGGACCAGCUCAUGUCCAAAAAUACUCAUGGAUCCACAACUCUUGUGGUCUCACGGUCUAAACUCGCAGAUCCUAGAACCACCUAUGAUGUAGAGUUACUCAAUGAACAUGACGCAAUGUCUCUAUUCUGUCUCUCUGCUUUCAACCAGAAAAUAGUCCCUUCCGGGUUCAGCAGAAGUUUGGUCAAACAGGUUGUUCAUGAGUGUAAAGGUCUACCUUUGGCUCUGAAAGUCAUUGGCGCUUCAUUAAAAGACCGACCUGAAAAAUAUUGGCAAGGUGCACUGAACAGGUUAUCAAGAGGUGAACCGGCUGAUGAACACCAUGAGAGUAGAGUGUUUUCUCAUAUGGAAGCAACUCUGGAAAUUCUCGAUCCAAAAACCAGAGAGUGUUUCUUGGAUCUUGGUGCUUUCCCUGAAGACAAAAAAAUCCCUCUUGAUGUUAUCAUCAACAUGUGGGUUGAACUACAUGAUCUCGACGAGGAAACUGCUUUUUCCAUUCUUUUGGAUUUAUCAGACAAGAAUCUCCUUACUCUCGUGAAAGAUCCAAGGUUCGGCGCUUUGUACACUGGCUACUAUGAUACAUUUGUGAUGCAGCACGAUGUUCUAAGAGACCUAGCACUAAGUCUUAGCUAUCGUGGGAAAAUAAAUAGAAGAAAGCGGUUAUCAAUGCCGAAAAGAGAGUUGUUUCUUCCCAGAGAAUGGGAGAGGAGCAAUGAUGAACCAUACAAUGCACGGGUAGUUUCCAUUCAGACAGGCGAAAUGAAUGAAAUGGACUGGAUUGACAUGGAAUUCCCCAAGGCAGAAGUUCUAAUAUUAAACUUCUCCUCAGACAACUACGUAUUGCCACCUUUUAUUGCAAAGAUGGGCAAGCUUAGGGCGCUCUUAGUUAUCAACAACGGUAUGUUUCAUGUCCGUCUAGAAGACUUCUCCAGUUUCACUAAUCUGUCCAAACUGCGGAGUCUCUGGCUCGAGAUGGUUUACGUCCCCCGCAGUACGAUCCCACUGAAGAACCUCCAAAAGCUGUCCCUGAUCUUCUGCAGGAUCAACACUGGCGUUGAUCAGACAACACUGGACAUGAACCUAAUCUUCCCAAACUUGUCUGAUCUCACAAUAGAUCAUUGUGAUGAUCUGGUUGAACUACCUUCGACCAUCUCUGGGAUCACCUCUCUCAACUCCAUCAGCAUAACAAAUUGUCCCUAUGUCGGUGAAUUGCCUAAGAAUCUGAGUAAGCUAAUGGCCCUUGAACUUCUAAGGCUAUACGCUUGCCCGGAGCUGAAGUCUCUGCCUGAAGAACUCUGUGAGCUGCCGAGUCUGAAAUACCUUGACAUCUCUCAAUGUGCCAGCCUUAGUUUUCUUCCCGAAGAGGUAGGAAAGUUGAGCACGCUUGAGAAAAUUGACAUGAGAGCAUGUCCAUUACUGAGGCUACCGAGCUCUGUGGUUUCAUUGAGUUCUCUAUGCCAUGUCAUUUGCGACAAGGAGAAUUUGUGUAUGUGGGAAAAGAUUGAGAAAGCAGUUCCAGGACUUCUUGUUGAAGCCGCAGAAAAUUGUCUGGAUUGACUCAAUGGGUUGGUGCUUGAUCUCCUAAUAACAUGUUGUAUAAAUAAUUCAAUGCUGA